AUGGUCGUAAUUGAUAGACCUCAAUUUAGUACAGCAUCAACAGGCAGGCGGCCAAGCCCUGAUGACAACGAAACCCUAGUGAAAUUCCAAGAGAGGCAGAAGCAAAAAAGGAAUGACCGUCGGUCGAGGAAAGAAAAAACUCUCACAAGACCAUCUGAUCCCGAGGACGAAAGGGAGGAAUAUCCAAAAAAUUAUCGCAAGGGCCCCAAUCCACAUGAUGAGGAACGGUUGGCCGAAAUCGAAGCGGAACUCAAAAAGGAGCUACAUGACCUGAUUGACGAGGAAGAAGCGUGCAGGACGUUGACUUUGCUCAAAAAGAAAAAAGACAAACACAAAGUUCCGGGUAAAGGAGAGGCAGAAGGUCGCAGAGAAACCUCCGGCCAUGAGGCUUCCCAGAUAGAGUUCUCUGCUACCCCUGGUGCAACCUUCUGGGACUCAUUCGGAAGAGCAUACCCGGCAUUCUAUACAGCACUUGAGCAAUUUGCAAAAGAGCAUCGAUGCAAGAAGCAAUCUCGUGACCAACACCGCCAAGGUUCGCCUAGUGUCGAGUUGUUGUCCAAAAAGGAUUGGGAUCCCCCACUGAGAGGCAAUGUACACUCCCGCUUAGGACCCAGGGCUUUCCUGGAAAUGUCCUAUCGCGAUCACCACUACACAUAUCGAGACACAAGACAUCCUUGGUACGGUCGAUCUCAUUAUGAUGAUUUGCAGCAAAAAGAACACUCGAUGACAGGAGAACCAUGGAAACCAAAACACCUCCAUUCGCGAGUUAACGUGAAGAAUGAUAGGAAUGAUCGUCGAUAA